CCGCUACAUCCUCUCUGUGGGUGGGCGCGGUCUAAAAACACCUCCUCUUUUUAAAAAGCGGACCGCAAUGAUUUAGAAGUUCAGGAAUCCCACGUGACGUCACCAUGAGGUGAUGUAAUGCUUCUGUAAAUAGAUCAUAUUGUAAUCGUGUUUCAGUUCAACGUGCUUCGUCCGAGCGCGAGGAGCGUCGCUAGUCUCAGUCUGCGCGCAUUUAGGUUUUUAGGUCAUAGUGAUGAAUGUUGAUCAGGACAGGCCAUAUGUAUGCACUGCACCUGGAUGCUCCCAGUGCUUCCAAAGAGAAGAUCACCUAAUUAUUCACAGACACAAACAUGAGAUGACCCUCAAAUUGUCUUCUAUUAAGUGUGACAAUAUACUUUCUGAUCAGACUCCUACUCCAACCCGUUUCUUGCGGGAUUGUGAGGAAGUGGGCCUCUUCACUGAUUUGGAGCUUAACCAGUCACAGGAGGAGGACACCAAAGUGAACUUUUCUGUACAAGCCUCAGGUCACAACCAGCCUCACACUGAGACACAGCCUCAGCAGGGUCACCAUCAUCAAUUUCAACCUCAACAGCAGCAGCAACAAUGUGCUCUGGCUCAUCUGAACCAGAACCAGCUCCACACACACAGCUCACAGCCUCAGUCUCAAUGUACUGCCACAUACUCCACUUCAAAUAAACAAUCUGCACCCAGCUGUCUACACAACAGACAGAUACACUCUGUGGCCAACACUAUGCUUGGGACAUCAACCAUGAAUAUGAAGGCACAGUUGUCUAUAGACUCCAGUAUGAUUGGCAUACCAGGCCCCGCCCACUCUGGCUCAAGUGUGUCCCUCCAGAGGUCAAAGGUCAUCCCAAUCCACAGCCAAUCUACCGUUUCCAAUGGCAGUCAGAAUCCUCUUUGCCACAUGAUGGAGAUGAUGUCAUCACGACAGCAACCACUGUCGCAUUUACAAUCCGCACCUCAUCAUCAUACAUACCAGCAGCACUGCCACAGCCAAUCGCCACAAAGACUUACACAUCAACAUCAAAGCCAUGACCAAUCACAUCACAGCCAUGCUCACCACUCUCCACCUGAAUCGCACUUGCAUCCUUCCCACCAGACUGCCCCUCCCCUUUCACAUCAUCCAAUACCUGAACAGAUGUCCUCUGCACCAAAACAGACUCCGCCUCCCCUUUCACAUCAGCCAAUACCUGCACAGGGUGCUUGUGUUUUACAGAUGUCCUCAGUCCCAAAACAAACACACUGUCCACAGUCUCCUCCACAGGUGACUGGGGGUAGACGUAGACGGUCAGGAGAAGAAAAUCCAGAUGAACGCAGACGGAAGUUUCUGGAGAGAAACAGAGCGGCUGCCACGCGGUGCAGACAGAAGAGAAAAGUCUGGGUGAUGUCAUUGGAGAGAAAGGCCGAGGAGCUGACACACACUAACUUACAGCUACAGAAUGAGGUGACAUCACUCAAGACGGAAGUCACUCAACUCAAGCAAAUUCUACUUGCACAUAAAGACUGUCCUGUCUCAGUAAGACAGAGGGAAAUGCAAAGUGGAGUUGGUAGCCCAACAGGAAGUCCUGUCCAGCAACAUGCCAUUCAACACAACAGCAUCUCAACAUCAAGUUCGAAUCUACCACACAGUCACCUCAUCACACACUCACACCCUGCUAACACACCACACAAACUAUGACACACUUCUAAUGUCAUCAGAGCCAUGUUAUUAGGGCACCUGUGAUCAAGCAGGUGCAUUAGUGCAAAAGCCAUAAUGAACUGUAAAAUGUCAAAUCAAGUUUGAGGCUUGGAUUUCUAGACUAAAAGGGAAUGUAUACACCACAUACCGUAUGUGUCUGUAAUGUUCAGUCACCCUUAAAAAUAAGAACAUUUAAUUAAAAAGUCUGUUUAUAUUUUUCGCCCUUGACAUCUCAGGUAAUCAGCUAAGGGUCCGACUGAUUUUUCCAGGUGUUUGAUUGUAACUCACUGUGAUGAAUUACAAUUCUGAAAAACAAACUGGAUCCUUACACUAACUAAAUUGAGUUUUCUUUGUCUCUCACCCUCUUCCUACAUCUCUGUCUGUUUCUCACUCUCUUCCGUACUCUUUUAAAAAAAAAAAAAAAAAAAAAAAAAACUGCUUUCUCAGGGAUGCUCAUCAAACGUUUUACUCCUGGAGUAUGUGUGUGAGUUAGGUGUAUUUGUGUGUGUGUGUGUGUGUGUGUGUGUGUGUGUGUGUCACUAUCAGCGUUAUGCUUUGAUAGCUUCACUGACGGCUGUGUGUGAUAAAUUAUGUAAGUAACGGCAAAGCCGCAUGAAAUACAGUGAAUCAGGACAACUUGUAAACUUGUAAUUGUAAAUAUGAAUCUCUAGCUUUAUAAAUGUAUGAUGAUGCAGCAAAAGCUGUUGUUACAUGUUUGUCUUCACUGUAAAUAUUGUCAGAGACCCUUCAGUAAAUUAUCAGGUAUCACAUUACCUAUGAAAGUACUGAGAGAAUCACAUGUGAGAAUUUUGGGUUCUAUUUACUAACAAAACAUUUGUUAUAAUAGAAUAACAUGCAAGUAAAGAUGCUUUAUUUUAUAUAGAUGUAGCAAACAUCAGAAAUGCAUUACCUACAUUGAGUCCAACAGUAAAGGAAACAUGUAUAACUAAUCACACAGAGCACUCUGAACGUCUUACAGCAUUUUGCUAAACAAUAUGGCAUAGCAAAAUGAUUCAUAUUUACUGGCUCUGUGAAAGUCAAAAUGUCAGUACUGACAUUUCCUGAAAAUGACAUGCAAGCAUGCGUACUAUCUGUUAUUAGAAAAUGCUUGAUAAAGCAUUUAUGCCUUUACAUUCUGUGGAAUAUUGAAUUAUGAAUCUGGACAUAUGGAAUACUAAUGUCUGUAAACGCUGCAGGUUUUAACUGCGUUAUGCAUGUACAGUUUUCUGAAAUAUUUAUCUAUUUUUGUACACAUUUGUUGCCAUUUUUAAAUAAAAGCACUUACUAUCUGUAAGUUUGUACUUGUUUCUUGCUUUUUUCAAAUUUUUACGUAGCAUUUUAGAAUAUUGUUUAAAAGUGCUGCUUCAAGUGUACUUAUAAUAAUACGUUCAGCUUUGCGUGUACUUAGUUAGCUACUGUCGAAACCUGAGUCAUCAAUGGACACUAAUAAGUUAUCAGUUUUAACAGCUACUUAAAUUAUUUCUGAAUUAUUUUGACAACUCUGAUGGUCUAAUUCAUGGAGUAUAGUGUGGUACUUACAUUAUUCAUGAAGUUUCGAUUUUAGUUUACAGAUUUAUGAAAAACGGGUCUAUUGCGCCCUCUCCUGGUAAGAUUCAAUUGAAAAAAAUUACUUUUUUCCCAAACAGUUAUAGAUGCAGGCUGGAGGUCUCCAAAUGGGGGCGGGCUCUCCCAAAAAGGGCGGGGUUACUCCAAAAGGGGGUUACACCAACUCCAAAAGGGGGAGUCACUUCCACUCACGGUUAGGGAAAGGGUUAGGCUAAGGGCUCCCUAUAUCGCCCCUUUUUGGAGCUCUGCCUGCAGCUGUAUCCUUCUCUUUUUUUUUUUCAGUGGGCCCAAGUGAAAUAUUAAGAUACUUAAGAGGUAAAUAUUUUAUUGUACAGUCUAUCAAUUUGG